AUGAAGGAUCUGGGCCUCGUCGACGCAGGCUAUAACUCGUUUCUGUUUGAUGAUUGCAUGACCGAAAAGGCCCGCGAUUCCAACGGCCGAUUAGUCGCCGACGCCGGGAAGUUCCCUCAUGGACUCCAGCGGCUUACCUCCCAAUUGAAGUCAGUUGGGAUAUCGUCGAGCGCGUACUCGGACGCUGGCCACUGGACAUGUGCCGGGUACCCUGGAUCAUACGGCCAUGAGGCGCAAGACCUGGAGACCUGGGAGGCAUGGGGGUUCGACUACCUGAAGUACGACAAUUGCUUCAUCCCCUUCGACAACGUCACUCAGGAGAAUGUCUAUGGGCGGUACAAGCGCAUGGCUGAUGCUAUUGCUAACCGUGCUGCGAGAAAUUACUCCCAGCCGUUCCAGUUCUCUCUCUGCGAGUGGGGAUGGCAGCAACCCUGGAUCUGGGCCCGCCAGCUGGGCCAGAGCUGGCGCGUCAACGGCGAUAUUAAACCCUGGUGGAGCUCAAUUGCCAGUAUCAUCAACACGGCUUCCUUUGUGUCAUCCGCUACGGACUUUUACGGCCGCAAUGACUUUGACAUCCUGGAGGUUGGAAAUUACGGUCAGGGCGAGCCACACGGAAACAUGACAUUUGAAGAGGAAAAGAGCCACUUCACGGCUUGGGCCCUGCUGAAAUCGCCGCUGCUAAUCAGUGCUAAUCUGACCAAUGUCCCCCGGCAGAGUAUUGAGAUAUUGUCAAACAAGGAUCUCCUCCGCAUCAACCAAGAUCCCCAUGUCGGCGCCAGCAUUAGUCCCUUCCGCUGGGGCAUUAACCCGGACUUUACGUUCAACGAAACUCAUCCCGCUCAGUACUGGACCGGGAACUCGAGUUACGGGGUGGUAUUCAUGCUCCUGAACACGCUCGACACAUAUGAAGUCAUGAGCUUCAAUCUCACGGAAAGCUGGGCCAUCCGCGCGGGCAGACUGUACGACGUCUAUGACAUGUGGAGCCACACCCACAAUGGGACAGCAUAUCGAAAUAUCACGGUCAAGCUACCGCCGCAUGGAGUCGCGGCGCUGCUUCUGAACGAUGCCGGCCCUGAGGAGAGUGGCAUUGAACCGUACUGUGCUGGUUGGUGGCAGUGCUCUUACCCAAAUGGCACAUAUUAUAGCAACUGA